CAUAUAAAUCAUUCAUGUUCUUUCAUUUUUCCACAGCUGUGCUUUCUCGCCCUGUCCCUGGCCAUCAUUGCUUCUGUCAAUGGCAAACCAGAGAACUCACAUACAGAAGAGAAUGCUGAACCAGAAUUAACACCUGCAGAAAACAGCCCUUCAAAGAGGUCGCUGCCAAGAUAUCGACACGGAUACGGACACGGACACCCACACGGCCUAAGCCACGGAUAUGGACUCAAGGGCGAACAUUUCGGCGUCCGGAAUGAGAUUCCUCAGAUCAUCAACGAAGGCGUGGAAAUCUACCAGCCUCAUCACGCUGGUAUCAAAUGGCCUGUACCAGUUGAGACCUCCUAUUCUGUAGUAAAAGAAGUCCCGGUCCCUGACCCAUACCCUGUUGAAGUCAGAGUUCCAGUCGAUAGACCUUAUCCCGUUGAAGUGCCUGUCGCCGUCCCUCAACCUCAGCCAUAUCCUGUCAGGGUCCCAGUUCCAGUCCGUGAACCGUACCCUGUCGAAAUCCAAGUCCCUGUCGAUCACCCCUACCCGGUUGUUGUAGAUCGACCUGUUCCCGUCGUUGAACGAGUACCAGUCGAAGUGCCAGUUCCCGUCGAAAGGCCCUAUCCCGUUGAAGUGAGAGUUCCUGUACCCAACCCGGUCCCCGUUGAGGUUCCAGUCGACCGGCCAUAUCCUGUGUACGUUGACAGGAGGAUCCCUGUCCCUGAACCCUACCCUGUCGAAGUGCAAGUUCAGGUACCCGUCUACAUCCCAAUUGAAGUGCCUGUCGAGGUACCCGUUGAUCGUCCUUAUCCCGUUGAAGUUCAGGUACCAGUGUCUGAACCUUGCCCAGUGGAAGUCCCUGUAGAGGCGACUUUCCCUCAGGUCUACCAAGCAGAUCCAUACCUACCUACUGGAAAUAUUCCUUUCUCUUUCGGAAAUCUAAUUCCCCAGACACAGUAUCCCGUUCCACAACUUUACCCGGGGCAUCUGGAUUAUCCUUAUCAGGGACAAGUUCCCUCUGCACCCUUGCCCGGAUAUAUUCCCUCACACUCAUGGAAUAAUCUACCAAUUCACCAUUCGGGUCACUAUGGAAAAAUCCACUAAACCUAAAAUAACUUAUUUAAGUUUUUUUAAACCCCUCAGGCCAAAUGAGCUGGACUUAUUAAUCAAAUAAUUUAAUAUCUAUUUGUUAUGCAUUUUUCAACUUUCCUUUCAUAUAUUCAGUAGUGGUGAAAAUAAAGACUUCAUGUAACAGA